AUGAGCUCCGCCGAGCACGACUGGUACCAGUACAUUCGCACUGCAGCGACCAAGCUCCACCGGGCCAACCCGAACGUGCUGGUCAUCCUCUCGGGCCUGACUUGGGCCUCCAAUCUCGGCUUCCUGAGGAAGAGGCCCGUGGGCCUCCACUUGGGCCGCAAACCGGUCCACGAAUCCCACCGGUACUCGUUCAGAGCGGACUGGAAGAUCUGGGAGGUCCAGCCCGUGGACCGGGUCUGCGCCGACGCCGUGCAGAGGAUGGAUGACCAAGUUGGGUUCCUCUCGAGCGGCCCCGGCGCGGCCCCGCUGUUCCUAGGUGAGUUGGGGCUUGACCAGACCGGGAAAAGCCGGGCUGAUGACUGGUUACUGAGCUGCUUCAUGGGGUACGCCGCGGGGAAAGACUUGGACUGGGCCUUGUGGGCAUUGCAGGGGAGCUAUUAUUACCGGGAAAGGGUCGUCAGGCCUGAAAAGACCUUCGGCGUGGUCGAUUUCAAUUGGGAUGGGCUCCGAAACCCAAAGUUUGGGGAGAGGUUUCAACAAGUGCAUACGAUGAUUCAAGAUCCGAGCUCCAAUUCACCCAUGUCCUACAUCAUGUACCACCCGCAAAGCGGCCUCUGCAUCCGAGCAAAUAACAACCACGAGAUUGGCACGGCUGAGCGCCAGCUUUGGAGCAGGUGGAGCCACUACCGAGACGGCGGCCCGAUCAGGUUGAUGGGCACUCCUCUCUGCCUCCAAGCCCUCGGCGAUGGGCUCCCGCCGGCGCUUUCCAACGACUGCUCGAGCCAGCGAAGCGCUUGGAGAUCAAUCUCCAACUCGAAGCUUCACGUAGCAGCCACGGAUGAACAUGGGAACCGCCUCUGCUUGGAGAAGAAGUCGAAUGAAUCUUCCGUGAUCUUGACCAGGAAGUGCAUCUGCGUUGAUGAUGAUUCUGGGUGCAUGGAGAAUCCACAGGGCCAGUGGUUCAAGUUCGUGCCCACGAAUACGUGA